UACAGAUGUCAUGGCUGCAUGGGUGAACCGCUCUUCUGUACUCAUUGCUGUCGGACGUUUCACAGCCGCAUGCCUUUCCAUCAGAUCAGUCAAUGGACUGGGGAAUUCUUCGAAGACACUUCCUUGACCAAGAUUGGGUUUGAAGUCCACCUUGGCCAUGCAGGCGAGCCUUGCCCC